AUCCAUUAAUCACCUCCUGGGUGAAAUUAACGUACGAGGUGCUAACUCACGAAGCGCGGAUCUGAAGAGUCUGAAGGUCAAACUGGACAAGGAGGCACCAUUUGGCAAGUGGAAGGGUCGUCGCCACAUAAUAUUGAUCAAGUCACCUUACGAUUACUCAAGAAUAAGGAAUGCUGUAGCCUAUGAAUUAUAUUCCGGUAUAAACGGUCAAAUUGGACUGGCCACUGGGUUUGUACACUUGUUUAUGAACGGGGAGGAUUACGGGCUGUACUAUGUUGUGGAGCGACUGGAUGAUGACUUUCUAGAGAACCAUGGUGCUGGCAAGUCAGACUUUCUUUUAAAAGCGGAUGACUUCAAUUGGGGAGAACCUCGUUCCGGGUUCAAGCCCAAAGUAGACGUGGAUAAGGAUGGUGAUUGGCUAGACGUGAAGAAUGCACCAGAGGAUGCGACCACAGGUAACUAAACACUCAUGGACAUCUAUUUGCCCAGGGAUUCAGUCUCAUCAAACUAGAUAUCAAUAACUCGAGAACAAACUCUAGUAUUUACCAUAUAUUUGCAGAGAGUUUGGACUGGAAUGGUAUGACGAGAUGCUGGCGAUAGUAAAGAAACUCACGCCAAUUUAUAAAGACAAGGACUGUACCUUAGCGGAGGAGUUUUUCCGAGACCAUUU